UCAGAUCGGAGCCUCCUUCCCGGAGAUCGGAGCGCUCGCACAGAUCCUCCGUCAUUCAGCCGAGGCACAGCAGAGCGUGGCAGGUCAGCGCUGACAUGUCCCCGUGCCUCGCGCCUCUCUCCCUCCGCCAGCCACAAUGAGAGGAAAGUGACGUGUAAACACCCGGUGACAGGGCUGCCCUCCCAGGACAACUGCAUCUUCGUGGUCAACGACCAGACCCCCUCUACCAUGACCUCUGAGGAAACAAAGGGCCGGGCUACUAGCGUAACGAGUGACACUUCCAACUGCAAUGCUCAGACCUCCACGGGAAACCCUUCCAGCCCCAUCAGCCGGUCCUCCAGAGCUUCUGGAAAAGUCCACAAUUUUGGGAAGAGAUCGAAUUCAAUAAAGAGGAACCCCAAUGCCCCGGUGAUUAUGCGUGGCUGGCUCUACAAGAAGGCGAAUUCCGGGAUGAAAUUGUGGAAGAAGCGCUGGUUCAUCCUGUCAGACUUGUGUCUGUUUUAUUACCGAGAUGAGAAGGAAGAGGGCGUCCUGGGGAGUAUUCUUCUUCCAAGCUUCCAGAUAUCUAUGAUUACCCUGGAGGACCAUAUAAACCGCUCAUACGCCUUCAAGGCGACGCACUCCAACAUGAGGACGUACUACUUCUGCACCGACACCAGCAAAGAGAUGGAGCUGUGGAUGAGGGCCAUGAUCGGUGCGUCACUUGUACACUCGGAGCCCACCAAACGGGAGAACGCAGCAAAAUCAGAGCACGUGGUCACCCAUGAAAUAAACCAUGUGGCCAAUCACAGGUUGCUAAUCCGGCCUGAGGCCAAUAAUAACCAGCGUAAUAAAGAAAUUUCCAGCAAGGGGGAGGAGAAAGGCACUUGGGAGGCGGAGAAAUAUGGCUUCCAGAAAGAUGGACAAGAUCGACCUCUGACCAAAAUAAACAGCGUGAAACUGCAGUCCUGUAUCUCCGACUACGACAUUCUGGCCGCAAACCCAGGGCACUACAAGAGCAUUCAUAUUAAUGGGCCGGACAACAGAGUCCUAGAGAGCCACGGCUAUGUCACUGAGACCGACUCCCGCCUGAACCACAGGCCAUACUUGUCACAUGGGGAGCCCGACAGAAUAAUCCAGAGGACCAACUCCAUGCAACAGCUGGAACAGUGGAUCCGGACCCAGAGAGAUAAGGGCCCCGAGGAUGACUCCAGUGGAAUCUUGUCCUAUCAGACGUUGCCCAGAAAUAUGCCGAGUUAUCGGGCUCAGGUUGUUCCACGCUAUCCGGAAGGCUAUAAGACAUUGCCACGCAAUCUGAAGACGCGCCCAGACAGUGUGUGUAGCACAGCAGGGAUGGGAUAUGACCGAACAAUGGGUCCUAUAAGCGCCACAGGGGAUGACAAGCGGAGGUCCAUCCGUGAUGAUACAAUGUGGCAGCUGUACGAAUGGCAGCAGAGACAGUUUUACAAUAAGCAGACGACUCUGCGGCGGCACUCUUCUUUGACCAGCCCGAAAACCAUGGUCCAUAUCUCCGACCAGACCCUGCACUCUAUUCCCCUAUCCCCAUCUCAUGGCUCCAUUUCUGGUUAUCACACGUAUUCUCCACAUCGGGCCUACAGGUCAGAGGUAUCUUCACCAGUUCAGCGCGGAGACCUGACAAUAGACCGCCGACCCAAACCUCAGACCAGCAAGCUGGGUCUCGUUCCUGACAGAAGGUCAGUGCCAGCGGGAUUGGCUCUUCAACCCGAAACACCGCAGGGUCUUCAAGGCAAAACUCCUGAGGAGCUGACACUCUUACUCAUCAAACUUCGGAGGCAGCAGGCAGAGCUGAGCAGCAUCCGGGAACACACACUGACACAGCUGCUGCACCUAAAACAGACGUGUGGCCCCCAGAACGAGAUUCUCUCACAUCAUCUUCAAAGGAACCUCAUCUACGUGGAUCACCAGAUGAAAGACAAUGACCCGUUAAUCAGCAUGGUUCACACCAUGAUUGAGAACUCUGCGCUUAGACCACAACUGUACCAGCAAAUGACUCAGGAGGAGUGCCGGCCUUCAGCUUACAAACACCCCUCCGAGGAGGCCGACGUGGAUGCCAAGCUGAGCCGACUCUGUGAGCAGGAUAAAGUGGUCCAGGCUCUGGAACAGAAGCUGCAGCAGCUACAUAAGGAGAAGUACACCCUGGAACAAGCUUUGCUGUCCGCCAGCCAGGAGAUAGAGAUGAGCGGCGACAAUCCAUUAUCCAUUCAGAAUGUGGUGAUACAGAGGGACGAGCUGCAGAAUGGGCUUCUCAGUACAUGUCGGGAGGUAUCCCGGGCCACCACGGAGCUGGAGCGAGCUUGGAGGGAUUAUGACAAGUUGGAGCGAGAAGUCACCACUGCCAGAAACCAGCUGAGGGAACGCUUGGAGCGUCUUGGAGAGGUCCAGACGGAGACGGCCGGCAUACAGAGGGCGCAGAUGCAGAAAGAGAUCUGGCGGAUCCAAGACGUGAUGGAGGGACUGAGCAAACACAAGCAGCAGAGAUCAGCAGAUGCUUCUGACUCCAAUUUAUUUUCUUCAGGGAAGAGCACAAGUGAGGAAGAGGAGCUUGUCCCACCACGUCCUCCGCUCCCUCGGUCCUAUGACUUUACCGAUCCAGCUCCCAUUCUUCCCCCUAUACCCAGUGAUAGCAGCUCGUCCUUGCUGUGUUACAGCCGGGGCCCCGUCCACCUCCCUGAUGACAAGACCUCUCAUCAUGCCCAGGUUAAUCAAAGAAACGGAUCCUAUUGUGGCCCGGAUUACAGACUGUACAAGAGUGAACCCGAGCUGACCACGGUGGCUGAAGUGGAUGAGUCAAACGGCGAUGACAAGAUGGACCUCACUCUGGACAUGGAAAAUGCAACCAGCAAAGGUUCUCACUUUCCAGUCGGUGUUGUCCCUCCAAGAACAAAAUCUCCUCAGCUUGAAUCCACUACAAUAGCAUCUUAUGUCACCUUACGGAAGUGCAAGAAACUGGAGAGCAAAUCGGAGAGGCCACGUAGUGCCGUGGAACAUCUCUGUGUUAUGGAAACCCCCCGACCCCGGAUGACGCUGGAGGAACAGCUGGAGAGGAUGCGCAGACACCAAGCGGCCUGUCUGAAAGAAAAGAAAAGGGGGUUCGCCUUUCUGGGGUCCACCGAGCCCUCUCCAUCACAGAGCCCCGCCUUCUCCAGGGAAAACUCUAUAAAACUGACCCAGGUGCGGAAGAAGGAGGACAACAUAGUCAGUGAUGUAAAGGACAAAGAGGAAACUGAGAAAGAGGACAAAACACAAUCACCUGAUCGAGAAAUCAUCAAAUUACAAGAAGUGGGUGGAGCUGAGGAGCCCUCUGUGAUCAGUGAUAUGGAGCCUGCUUGUCCCCCCACUGCUUCCUCUCCAUCUAAUGCCAAAGACAAAGUGACAGAAGAAGCAGACCCGGUACUGGAGCCACAGGAACAAUGUUUACAGGUUGUGACGUCUGUCGUGACGUAUACAGAAAGCGAGGAGAUGCCGAGGGACCAGGAUCACAGCGGGAUUCUCUUUGCCUACGAGUUCUCUGCGGACACACUGAGAAGACAUACAGCCUUAGAAGCUGGGAAUCUGACUUCCCUUCCAGAGCCCCCAACACUACCAGUGACAGCGAAGCAGCCACAGCUGACUGAAGGAUCUCACUUCAUGUGUGUGUAGCUGUGAGAUACGUGUUACAAGCAUUCCAGACGCUGCGAUCGCGGAGUGCGUCGUGCGACUUUUUACUGUACAGUUUUUAACCAAAAUCGGAAUCGCGCUGCCGUGUGACUUUAGAUUCCCGCUUGCUGCUACUUUUUUUUUUUGUUCUUGCACAUGAAGGUUUAAGAGCCAAAAUGUGAGACUUUCCUGCUGGGGUGACGGAGGAGGUUUCCUUUCAUCGUGAACACUUCAUCUGCUCUGCUUCUCUUCAUCGCCACACUUCCUACUUUUUCCAUCUUCUCCACCAGACUUUUAAGAGACUGCAAAAUAUUAUUUUACACUUAAUUUGUAAAAAAAAAUAAAAUAAUAAAAAGAAAAGUAUCUAUAUAUAUUUAUAUUUAAUAUGUGCCAUUUUAUGAUCGUUUGGGGUUCCUUCAUUCACACUGCUGUGUGUGCAGUCACUGCCACCUCAUUGGGACCUGCAAUUCUUCCAGGAGUGAAUCUGUGCAGCAAUAAA